AUGACGGCCCGCCAACAUCAAAACCCCCCUGCAUCCUCCUCUUCUUCUCCUUCCUCUGCUCGCGCCCGUCUCUCUUCACUCUCCUCACACAUCAUGGGUUCCCCUAGCCCGUCCGUUUUCACUCCGGCCGCCGUCGCUGCGGCCCCCGAAGACCCUCUUUUCGGUCUGAUGAAGGCCUAUCGCGAAGACCCCUCCGAUAAGAAGGUCGAUCUGGGUAUCGGUGCCUACCGCGACAACAAUGCAAAGCCCUGGAUCUUGCCCGUCGUCAAGAAGGCUGAUGACGCAAUCCACAAUGAUCCCAGCUUGAAUCACGAAUAUCUGUCCAUAGGCGGCUUGGCCGAUUUCACCUCCGCUGCGCAGAAGCUUAUCGUCGGCGCGGACAGCCCUGCGAUUCAUGAGAAACGGAUCUGUUCCCUGCAGACCAUCUCGGGAACCGGCGCCGUCCACCUGGGCGGCCUGUUCCUCGCCAAAUUCCAUCCACAGAAGCCCACCAUCUACCUGUCCAACCCAACAUGGGCCAAUCACAAUCAGAUCUUCACCAAUGUCGGGCUUUCUCUGGCCAAGUACCCGUACUUCUCCGCCCAGACCAAGGGCCUUGACUUCGACGGCAUGCUGGGUGCGCUGCAGGCGGCGCCGACCGGCUCUGUCAUCCUGCUGCACGCCUGUGCGCACAACCCGACCGGCGUUGAUCCGACUCAGGAGCAGUGGAAGCAAAUUGCCGCCGUGAUGCGCGAGCGCCACCACUUCCCCUUCUUUGAUACCGCCUACCAGGGCUUCGCCUCUGGUGAUCUGGUGCGCGAUUCGUGGGCCAUCCGCUACUUCGUCGAGCAAGGCUUCGAGCUCUGCGUCGCCCAGUCAUUUGCCAAGAACUUUGGCCUGUACGGCGAGCGGACUGGCGCUUUCCACUUUGUCUCUGCCCCUGGUGCGGACGCCUCCACUGCGAUUGCUCACAUUGCUAGCCAAUUGGCGAUCCUGCAGCGCUCGGAGAUCUCCAACCCCCCUGCGUAUGGUGCCCGCAUCGCCAGUCGGGUUCUGAACGAUCCGGUACUGUUUGCGGAGUGGGAGGAGGACCUCCGCACUAUGAGCGGCCGUAUCCAGGAGAUGCGCCGCGGGUUGCGAGAGCGUUUGGAGAAGCGCGGCACUCCCGGUUCGUGGGACCACAUCACCAGCCAGAUUGGCAUGUUUAGUUUCACCGGGUUGUCUGAGGCCCAAGUCAAGGUACUGCGGGAUAAGUGGCACGUCUACAUGACCAAGAACGGUCGUAUCUCUAUGGCCGGCCUGAACACACACAACUUGGACUACUUCGCCGAGGCAGUCGACAGCGUCGUCCGAGAGACCUCAUAA